UUCUGAAUUAAUUCUAAAUUGCUCUGAAUCAUUUCAAAUUGUUCUAAAUUAUUUCAAAAGUGUUGUAAAAUUCUAAAUUUAAAAAUUGUGUUCGAUUCGAUAAUUUGUCUUUUGUUCUAUUCGAUAUUUUUUGUUAUUUGAAAAAAAGAGUGAUGUAUCAAUUUUUUAUAAGUGUAAUAUUAACUUAUGCAUUUCUGUAUAAAAUUGUCAGUAUAAAAUUGGAAUGUACGGCUGAAAUGAAAACAGAUGACAUUAAAUCUUCUAUUCGCUACAAUUAUUUGAAUGCCCAUGAAUGGGGUAAUAAUUAUUCUCAAUGCUCUGGAAAUAGACAAUCGCCAAUAAAUAUUGAUUUAUCGAAUAUUUCUUCAAACGAUCAAGAUUUUAAUUUGAUAUUUCAUGGAUAUGAUGUGAUACCAAAAGAAAUGAAAUUUUCAAAUACUGGACAAAAAGCCGAAUUAAUUGCUAAAUGGACAAAUGAGACUCCUUUCAUACAAAUUGCAAAUCGUAAAUACAUUUUUGACAGUUUACACUUUCAUUGGGGUAUUAAUGACUCCUGUGGGAGUGAACAUACUUAUAAUUAUACAUGCUUCCCUUUGGAGAUGCAUUUAGUGCACUAUCGUGACAAAUACGAAAGCUUCAAAAAAGCUCUAAACCAAAGUGAUGGAUUAUUAGUUUAUGGAACAGUAUUUCAGAUUAAUGAUGGAAAAAAUUCAAGUAUUUCUCCUUUAGCAAAGAGUUUGUUGUUAAUUAAAAAGGAAAAUAGUUCAACAACAGUUGAACCAUUUCCAUUGUCAAUUUUUACAACGGAACGUGGUUAUUAUAUGUAUAAUGGUUCAGUGACAAGGCCACUUUGUUGGGAAAAUGUUUUGUGGAUUUUGAGUGCUCAAAUUUUGACAAUAACAAAAAAAGAGAUGCAAUUAUUUAGAUUAGUUGAAUUUUCAAACGGUGAAAAAUUAAAUCAUCGUCCAAUCCAACCAUUAAAUAAACGUAAAAUUAUCUAUAUUCCAUAAUUUGAUGUUUAGUGAAUUUAACAUUAAUUAAAAUUCCAACAAUGAUUCUCUGUACUAAAUUAUAAU